AUGGCUAGAGGUAGAAGUCAAUCCACUAAGAAUAAUGAUAAUUUUCCUGAUGAGUUGGUUACCAGGAUAGCCGACCACAUUUUCCAGAGGCUGGAUGAUCGUCUGGCUAAGAUGGACGAUAAACUGGGUAGCUUUAUGAAUCAAGUAAAUAACAAUAGUGAAGCUAUUAGAACUAUAGAAAAUAAGGUCGAUAAAAAUGAACAAUAUGAUAGACUUAACAACCUCAGAAUAUACGGCAUCAAAGAGUCUCCAGGCGAAAACCAGGAAGUUUUGCUAAAAACUGUCACUUCGUUGCUCAAAAAUAAGCUGAAUAUUACUGUAACAAAGGAGGAUUUUGAUAGGUGUCACAGAGUCGGCGUUUCCGGAACCGGAAUGGCUGGGGAUCGUCCAGUAUUGGUGAGGUUCGUCUCCUUCUUGGUAAGAUCUGAGGUUUAUCAAAAUAAGAGACUCUUAAAGAAAACUGGUUUUGUCAUACGUGAAGAUUUAACUGGGAACAGGAUUAAACUUGUUAAGGAAGCCAUCAAUAAAUAUGGUGUCACAAAUGUUUGGACCGUAAAUGGGAAAGUGUUCAUUCUAAAAAAUAACAACAAAGUUUGUGUGGCAGGUUCCGAUGAUAUAUAA